AUGCCCAUGAGAGAAAUCUUUCGCGCGGCAAAUUCCGUUGUUGUGUGGCUCGGGGAACCGCAGUCUCCUGACGACAACUUUCUGCGCCAUAUCAAGGCCAUAAAUAGCUUCAUCGAGGGCGACGAGGACGGGGGAAGCACAUCGCCACAGGACCUGAAAAUGAUCGAGAUUCACCUCACGGGGGUCCGCGAUCUGGUCGCAAACGCGUAUUUCACCCGGCUGUGA